AGUGCCUGCUCUGUGUUCUGUGUCCCAGCACACACCUGCUCUGCGUUCUGUGUUCCCGCACUCAGCCGGGACACAGCGAUCCCGGUCCCUGCUGCCCGGGAUGUCUCUGGAGCUCACCUUCCUGGGCACGGGCUCGGCGUUCCCGUCGCCGUGCCGCGGGGCCUCGGCGCUGGUGCUGCGCAGGGAAGGGCAGUGCUGGCUCUUCGACUGCGGCGAGGGGACGCAGACACAGCUGAUGAGGAGCCACCUGCGAGCAGCCAGAAUCACCAAGAUUUUCAUCACUCACCUUCACGGCGACCACAUCUUUGGGCUUCCUGGGCUGCUGUGCACGCUCAGCCUCCAGAAGGGCCCUGAAGGCAGCAAAGCACCCAUUGAUAUUUACGGGCCCCUGGGGCUGCGGAGCUUCCUCUGGAGGAGCCUGGAGCUGUCCCACUCCCAGCCCCUGCUGCCCUACACCGUCACCGAGCUGGUCCCCACGCAGGACCAGUGCCCCCCAGGAGAGUUUAGGGACUUUUCUGGCUUGGACCGGGACCAGGCGCUUGGCACGGCACCUCCAGGGAGAGUUCUGCACCUGGAUGCAGAGGAAGACUCCUACUUGCUGCUGGAGGAUGAGCAGCUGGUUGUGAGAGCCUUCCGCCUCUUCCACCGCGUGCCCUCCUUCGGCUUCGUGCUGGAGGAGAAGCCCCGGCCUGGGAAGCUCAAUGUGCGGAGACUGGAAGAGCUGGGCGUGCCACCGGGUCCCUUGUACGGGCAGCUGAAGAGCGGCGCUGCCGUGGUGCUGGAGAACGGCACGCGGGUGCAGCCCGGCCAGGUGCUGGGGCCGCCCGCGCCGGGCAGGAAGGUCUGCGUGCUGGGCGACUGCGCGGGGCCCGCGGGGCCCGGCCGCGCCAGGAGGCUGGUGCUGACCCACUUCAGCCAGCGGUACCGGCCCGGCGAGCCCCACGGCGGCCGCGAGGAGAUGGACACGCUCAGGAGGGAGGCCGAGGCCGCCAUGGGCGACCAGGAGGUGACGCUGGCCGAGGACUUUAUGACCAUCGAGAUCCCAGUGAAAAACGAGGGCUUGGUGACCACAGAGGUGCCAGCAAAAAACGAGGGCUUGGUGACCACAGAGGUGGCAGUGAAAAACUGAAACACAAGGACUUUGUGGUUACAGAGAUCCCAAUGAAACAGUGAAAAACGAGGACCUGGUGACCACAGAGGUCCCAGUGAAACAGUGAAAAACGAGGACCUGGUGACCACAGAGGUCCCAGUGAAAAACUGAAAAACCAAGGACUUCAUAAUGAGAUCCCAAUGAAAAACGAGGACUUUGUGACCAGAGAUCCCAAAGAAACGGGGAUUUCAUUACAAGAUCCCAAUGAAGCAGUGAGAACCAAGGACUUUCUGACCACAGAGAUCCCAAUGAAACAGUGAAAACCAAGGACUUCAUAAUGCGAUCCCAAUGAAACUGUGAGAAUUGAGGGCUUCAUGACAAGAUCCCAAUGAAACUGUGAAAAACAAGGACUUUGUGACCAAAGAG